UGACAUUUUCGUAAUUUCUUGUGCGACGAAAGGCCAUUUUCUUUGGAUAUUGAAGGCCACAGAUCACGGAUUCGGCCUGAGGCUAUUCUCCAACGAUGAUUGAGUCCAUUAAGCACAGAUUUGUGCGGAUUUAUUCCGGGUCAAUUUUUGGCAGAUUCCAAAGGGGUACCAUCACAGAUUUCGUGCGAUUUAUCCGAAAUGCCAUUUUCUUUCGAUUCUGGAGGCUACAGAUCACGGAAUCAGGCCGAGGCAAUUCUCCACCGAUAAUGAAGUCUAUUUAUCCUAUUCUCCACGGAUGAUAAGCCCGUUAAGCAUCGAUUUGGGCCAAUUUAUUUUCGGAUGGCAUUUUCGUAAUUUCUUUGGCGAAGAAAGGCCAUUUUCUUUGGAUAUUGAAGGCUACAGAUCACGGAUUCGGCCUGAGGCUAUUCUCCAACGAUGAUUGAGUCCAUUAAGCACAGAUUUUGGCGGAUUUAUUCCAGGUCAAUUUUUGGCAGAUUCCAAAGGGGUACCAUCACAGAUUUCGGGCGAUUUAUGCAAAAUGCCAUUUUCUUUCGAUUCUGGAGGUUACAGAUCACAGAAUCAGGCCGAGGCUAUUCUCCACCGAUAAUGAAGUCUAUCGAUCCUAUUCUCCAUGGAUGAUAAGCCCGUUAAGCAUCGAUUUGGGCCAAUUUAUUUUCGGAAGGCAUUUUCGUAAUUUCUUGGGCGACGAAAGGGUAUUUUCUUUUGAUAUUGAAGGCUACAGAUCACGGAUUCGGCCUGAGGCUAUUCUCCAACGAUGAUUGAGUCCAUUAAGCACCGAUUUGGGCGGAUUUAUUCCGGGUCAAUUUUUGGCAGAUUCCAAAGGGGUACCAUCACAGAUUUCGGGCGAUUUAUCUGAAAUGCCAUUUCCUUUCGAUUCUGGACGCUACACAUCACGGAAUCAGGCAUAGGCUAUUCUCCACCGAUAAAUAAGUCUAUUGAUCCUAUUCUCCACGGAUGAUAAGCCCGUUAAGCAUCGAUUUUGGCCAAAAAAAAUUUUGGAUGGCAUUUUCGCAAUUUCUUGGGCGACGAAAGGCCAUUUUCUUUGGAUAUUGAAGGCUACAGAUCACAGAUUCGGCUUGAGGCUAUUCUCCAACGAUGAUUGAUUCCAUUAAGCACAGACUUGGGCGGAUUUAUUCCGGGUCAAUUUUUGGCAUAUUCCAAAGGGGUACCAAUACAGAUUUCGGGCGAUUUAUUCGAAAUGGCAUUUUCUUUCGAUUCUGGAGGCUACAGAUCACAGAAUCAGGCCAAGGCUAUUCUACACCAAUAAUGAAGUCUAUUGAUCCUAUUCUCCAAGGAUGAUAAUCCCGUUAAGCAUCGAUUUGGGCCAAUUUAUUUUCGAAUGGCAUUUUCGUAAUUUCUUGGGCGACGAAAGGCCAUUUUCUUUGGAUAUUGAAGGCUACAGAUCACGGAUUUGGCCUGAGGCUAUUCUCCAACGAUGAUUGAGUCCAUUAAGCAACGAUUUGGGCGGAUUUAUUCCGGGUAAAUUUUUGGCAGAUUCCAAAGGGGUACCAUCACAGAUUUCGUGCGAUUUAUCCGAAAUGCCAUUUUCUUUCGAUUCUGGAGGCUACAGAUCAUGGAAUCAGGCCGAGGCAAUUCUCCACCGAUAAUGAAGUCUAUUGAUCCUAUUCUCCACGGAUGAUAAGCCCGUUAAGUAUCGAUUUGGGACAAUUUAUUUUCGGAUGGCAUUUUCGUAAUUUCUUGGGCGACGAAAGGCCAUUUUCUUUGGAUAUUGAAGGCUACAGAUCACAGAUUCGGCCUGAGGCUAUUCUCCAACGAUGAUUGAGUCCAUUAAGCAUCGAUUUGGGCGGAUUUAUUCCGGGUCAAUUUUUGGCAGAUUCCAAAGGGGUAACAUCACAGAUUUCGGGCAAUUUAUUCGAAAUGCCAUUUUCUUUCGAUUCUGGUGGCUACAGAUCACGGAAUCAGGCCGAGGCUAUUCUCCACCGAUAAUGAAGUCUAUUGAUCCUGUUCUCCACGGAUGAUAAGCCCGUUAAGCAUCGAUUUGGGCCAAUUUAUUUUCGGAUGGCAUUUUUCGUAAUUUCUUGGGCGACGAAAGGCCAUUUUCUUUGGAUAUUGAAGGCUACAGAUCACGGAUUCGGCCUGAGGCUAUUCUCCAACGAUGAUUGAGUCCAUUAAGCACCAAUUUGGGCGGAUUUAUUCCGGGUCAAUUUUUGGCAGAUUCCAAAGGGGUACCAUCACAAAUUUCGGGCGAUUUAUCCGAAAUGCCAUUUUCUUUCGAUUCUGGAGGCUACAGAUCACGGAAUUAUGCCGAGGCUAUUCUCCACCGAUAAUGAAGUCUAUUGAUCCUAUUCUCCACGGAUGAUAAGCCAGUUAAGCAUCGAUUUGGGCCUAUUUAUUUUCGGAUGGCAUUUUCGUAAUUUCUUGGGCGACGAAAGGCCAUUUUCUUUGGAUAUUGAAGGCCACAGAUUACGGAUUCGGCCUGAGGCUAUUCUCCAACGAUGAUUGAGUCCAUUAAGCACCAAUUUGGGCGGAUUUAUUCCGGGUCAAUUUUUGGCAGAUUCCAAAGGGGUACCAUCACAGAUUUCGGGCGAUUAAUCCAAAAUGCCAUUUUCUUUCGAUUCUGGAGGCUACAGAUCACGGAAUUAGGCUGAGGCUAUUCUCCACCGAUAAUUAAGUCUAUUGAUCCUAUUCUCCACAGAUGAUAAGCCCGUUAAGCAUCGAUUUAGGCCAAUUUAUUUUCGGAUGACAUUUUCAUAAUUUCUUGUGCGACGAAAGGCCAUUUUCUUUGGAUAUUGAAGGCUACAUAUCACGGAUUCGGCAUGAGGCUAUUCUCCAACAAUGAUUGAGUCCAUUAAGCACCGAUUUGGGCGGAUUUAUUCCGGGUCAAUUUUUGGCAGAUUCCAAAUGGGUAACAUCACAGAUUUCGAGUGAUUUAUUCGAAAUGCCAUUUUCUUUCGAUUCUGGAGGCUACAGAUCACGGAAUCAGGUCGAGGCUAUUCUCCACCGAUAAUGAAGUCUAUUGAUCCUAUUCUCCACGGAUGAUAAGCCCGCUAAGCGUCGAUUUAAGCCAAUUUAUUUUCGGAUGGCAUUUUCGUAAUUUCUUGGGCGACGAAAGGCCAUUUUCUUUGGAUAUUGAAGGCUACAGAUCACAUAUUCGGCCUGAGGCCGCUUGUUUUCAACUAAGAGAGAUUUCUUUUCUAUGCACGCUUAAAGAAUAUAAUUUUUGUGAUGAAUGAUGAGUACUUCUGGACAGUCCAUUUAGGAUGUUGUUUCUACUUUAUGCCGCACAUUACAGUACAUACGAUAUUUAGCGUACUCGUAUAUAACUCUUUAGAAAUUAUUGUAUCUGUUUUUUUUAUAAUUAAUUGAAAUACAAUUUUAAGGUUGUGUUCAUCCUUUUUAAGAGUGGUUUGGGUAAGAGGGAGUGAUCACACAACUCACAUCCACAUGGACAUGGCAUAAACUUUGGGGGAGGUUCCUUUCAAAGAUGUGUUCUGUUUGCUUUGGCACACACACUAUAAAAAUUUAACAAUUUCCCCAACCAUUGAUUUGAGUAAUCCCUAAGCCACCACAAAAUAAUAAAUCAUUGUAAUAAAAUCAAAAUUACCCAAAUAAUAUGUUUCCUCUUUUUCGAUAGUGGCACUUAUUAUCAUAGUAGGCAUGUGAUGACACCUCACUCUCUAUAACUACUAUGACUUAAAUGACAUUAUUGGGAUUUAUUCAAUUUUUUUAUUUUUGAGACAUCCCAUUGAAUAGUGUAUGUGUCAAUUCAACUACAAAUGGACCAUAUUGUGCCUACCUACACAAUUCAACUACAACAACAGAUUUUGACCAAACAUUUGUCUAUGAUGAAAUUUCAAAGUUUUCUAGAUACUGGGGGCUUAUCUACUCUAACAAAGGUUUUAUUAUAGU